GGGCCCGGCACUGCGCUGCGCCAUUGCUCUGAGGGCCACCCUGGCAGCUACGAUAGGCGCACGGGCCAUCCAGCCCACUUUCAACUGCUCCUGAGCGCUCUCCACAUCUCCCCUCUCCCCAGCAACACGCAUAUUCUUUCUUGUCGCAUUUGCAUCCCGCCAAUUCCCCCCAUCCCACCUCCGAACAAUCCCUUACCGACACAUCGACGCAAAGUCAACAAACACCUCAAAACAAUGUCGUCGCCCACAAAAAGGUCGACGAGAAGCUCGACGGCCGGCACCACUCCCCGCCGGUCCACGAGAAACAACCCGGAUGCAGACCGAAGCAGCCCCGCGCCUGCACAGGAGCCCGCUGCGCAGACGCCCAGCCGCACAACCCGCCGCUCCCAGCUUGCAUCGAGCCCUCUGUUUUACGAGUCCUCGCCUGCGCAGGGCAGCAGUCGCAAUGCACCUGCCAAUGGCGAUGUUUCGUCCCCUUUGAGGGGCGUCAGCAGCAGCCAGAACACCAACGUCGGCCCGGCUCCCAGCUCACCGCUGCGUCAAGACAUUGACACCCAGUCAACCGGCGAUGGUGACAGAACCCCGCGUGCGAGUGGAAUGGCUAGAGAAUCGUCACCCAUCCGAUACGAUCCCAGUUCCAGCCCAGGCCGUGGCUCGGUGAGGCCGCCACAAUCAGACUUCCGAAGUGAGAGCAGUGGUCUUUUCGUCUCUGACCGUGCCCGCUCACGGAGAGGUGACAUUCACUCUGAGGGUUUCAGAACUCCGCGCCGCCGCCUUGUGCUGGACCCAUCCGGCAGAGUAGUGACCAACGCCCCGGGUUCCGAUGCGCCUUCUUUCAGCAACCCCGACCCCAACACUUCGGAGGCGGACCGUCUCGGUGGGGCGGCCGACAGCACCAUCUGGGGUACCAGCGUCUCGAUCGACGAUACCUUUGUGACCUUCAAGGACUUCCUGAGGAAUUUCACCCGAAAGUAUCAGAUGUACCGGGAAGGGCUGUCCGAAGCUGAGGUUCGGGAAGCUCCUGAUGCCGAGUCGAAGGUCUACUGGGAGGCCCUUGAGAACAUGCUUCUCUUGGGUGGCACCAGGCUGUUCCUCAACAUGCAGGAUCUCAACACUUACCCGCCCACUCGCAAGCUGUACUACCAUCUCCAGGCUUACCCGCAAGAAAUCAUCCCGAUUAUGGAUCAGUCUAUCCACGAUAUGAUGGUUGAGCUGGCCAGAGCCGAAGACCUGAGGGAGCGUAACUCUCAGAGCAGCGCCGGUGAUGCUGCGAGGCGAAGCAACACAGCGCCCAGCUCAGAGCCUGUAUUCCCCAGCUCCGACCACCCCGAAACACCCUCAGAUGCUCCCACUCCCACAGAUGCUCCCACUCCCAGGCCAGCCACUGACAUCACCUCCAAAGAGGACCAAGUCUCUCAGAUGAUCUACAUGGUCCGCCCGUACGGCCUCGAGAAGAUCACCAACCUUCGAGACCUGAACCCCUCUGAUAUGGACCGGCUCAUCACCAUCAAGGGUCUUGUGAUCCGAACCACCCCUAUCAUCCCCGAUAUGAAGGAUGCUUUCUUCCGUUGCAACGUCUGCAACCACUCUGUCAACGUUAGCAUUGACCGAGGCAAGAUUCGCGAGCCUACCGAGUGCCCGCGAACUCGCUGCGCCUCCAAGAACUCCAUGCAGAUCAUCCAUAACAGAUGCUCCUUUGAGGACAAGCAGGUCAUCAAGCUGCAAGAGACUCCCGAUGCUGUCCCUGCCGGUCAGACUCCUCACUCUGUCUCAAUCUGCGCCUACAACGAGCUUGUAGACUUCUGCAAGGCAGGUGACCGCGUUGAGAUCACCGGUGUCUUCCGAGUCAACCCUGUGCGUGUGAACCCCCGCCAAAGAACCAUCAAGAGUGUGUACAGAACAUUCGUCGACGUUGUCCACAUCCAAAAGGUCGAUAAGAAGAGAAUGGGUCUUGACGCCUCAACGCUGGGUGUCGAGGGUGAGGAGGGUGAGACGAACGACCCUAACCUCCAGGAGAAUCGCAAGAUUACCCCAGAGGAUGUGGAGAAGAUCAAGGAGACUGCUGCACGACCAGACAUUUACGAGCUCCUUGCUCGCUCGCUCGCCCCCUCGAUUUACGAGAUGGACGACGUCAAGAAGGGAAUCCUUCUGCAGCUCUUCGGCGGCACCAACAAGACCUUCCAGAAGGGCGGAAGCCCUAGGUACAGAGGAGACAUUAACGUCUUGCUCUGCGGUGACCCUUCUACUUCGAAGUCUCAGAUUCUUUCGUACGUGCACAAGAUUGCCCCUAGAGGUAUCUACACCAGCGGAAAGGGUUCCUCUGCCGUCGGUUUGACUGCGUAUGUCACUCGCGACCCUGAAAGCCGCCAGCUCGUCCUCGAGUCCGGUGCUCUGGUUCUCUCGGACGGCGGUGUCUGCUGUAUUGAUGAGUUCGACAAGAUGUCAGACGCCACCCGCUCGGUCCUUCACGAAGUCAUGGAGCAGCAGACCGUGUCCGUUGCCAAGGCUGGUAUCAUCACGACCCUGAACGCCAGAACCAGUAUCCUGGCUUCUGCCAACCCUAUCGGCAGUCGCUACAACCCCGAUCUCCCCGUGCCCCAGAACAUCGACCUCCCUCCUACGUUGCUCUCGCGUUUCGACUUGGUCUACCUUAUCCUGGACCGUGUCGACGAGAAGAGCGAUGCUCGCCUCGCUCGCCAUCUUCUCUCCCUGUACUUGGAGGACAAGCCUGAGUCCGCUGCCACCAAGGAAGACAUUCUCCCUGUCGAAUUCCUUACCUCCUACAUCUUCUACGCCCGCUCCACCAUCAACCCCACCAUCGCGCAAGAUGCCGCUCAGGAGCUGGUUGACCAAUACCUGGAGAUGCGCAAGCUUGGUCAAGAUCUGCGCGCCGCUGAGAAGCGUAUCACCGCCACCACUAGACAGCUCGAGUCCAUGAUUCGUCUGUCCGAGGCGCACGCCAAGAUGCGUCUCUCUGAGACUGUCACCCGCGAGGAUGUCCAGGAGGCUGCCCGCCUCAUUCGCUCCGCCCUCAAGACCGCUGCUACCGAUUCUCAAGGUCGCAUCGACAUGAGCCUGCUGACCGAGGGUACGAGUUCUGCGGACCGUCGCAGGAAGGAGGAGAUCAAGGAGGCUGUUCUCCACCUCCUCGAUGAGCUCACCAGUGGCGGCCAGUCCGUCAAGUGGGCUGAGGUUGCCAGGAAGCUCAGCGAGGGCGCCAGCAUGCCCGUUGAGCAGGCCGACUUCAACGAGACGAUGCGUACGCUGGAGAUGGAGGGUCUGAUUAUGGUCAGCGGUGAGGGCGCAAGGAGGAGUGUUAGAAGAGUUGCGGCUGUCUAA